AUGGCUGCUCCUGAUAGACACUACCGGUCGGUUCAUUUCGCAAUAAUCCACUGGAAUGAAGCACGCACGGGUUCACAAGGCGACGAAGAGUUGCUUAGCUUACGACAUGCAUUGAUGGAAUUCAACUUCCAGCCUUACAACAUCACGAUCCAAAGACCAAACCCCCAAGGUUCGCUUCAAGACGGAUUGAAAAACUUUUACAAGACACUGGCUAGGAAGCAGCGCCCACGCCUUGCCAUUUUGAUUUACAGCGGCCAUGCUGGCGGGACCCCGGGCGCGAGUGGCGGGCUGACUUGGUUCUCAGACACCGGCGUUCCGAUUGACUGGACACAUGUUCAGGAUAAUCUUGUGCAAGAGCAGCAAGUCGAUACACUUCUCGUGCUCGACUGUUGUGACGCGGCUGCAGCAUUCCCUCCACUUGAGACGAAUACAGGCACCAGCUACGAGCUCGACAUCUUCGCAGCCGUCGGCCCAGAUGACACGACCUACUACGGCCAAUAUACCUUCACAAAGGUCCUGACGAAAACCUUGCGCGACCUACAAGGCAACGGGUUCACUCUGACACAGCUCUGGCUUCGUCUCCAAGCCGAAGGUGGUACCCGGCUCCAGAAUCGAGAAUACUACCGGAAGGAGCAGGUCUUGGGCCACCGAUACCAAGGCCGGAGCAACCACCAGGCGAAUCGCAAGGCAACGCAGAUCGAAACUGAAAAUGGAUACUCACACGAGCCAUACCAGCGAUGUCUUGUCCCCAGUGGAGAAGGUCCAAGGCUCCCUGAAACGCAGAAGAUCUUACGAAGGCUCUGA